AUGGUAUCGAACAAACGCUAUCGCCAAGUGGAGGUGGGCAACAGGAACUAUACGGAGGCCGCUGUGGCAAUCAUUGGCGCUGGAAUGUCUGGAAUGUGCAUGGCCAUCAGUUUGUUGAAGAACGAUAUCCGCAACUUCGUAAUUGUUGAAAAGAGCGGAGGACUUGGUGGAACUUGGCGCGAUAACAAAUACCCAGGCUGCUGUUGUGAUAUCAAUUCUCAUCUUUAUAGCUACUCUUUCGAACAGAACCCGAGCUGGUCAAGACUCUACCCUAGUCAGGAGGAGAUUCUAAUGUACCUUCAUGAUGUAGCCGAGAAGUACAAGCUGUUUCGUUAUAUUGGAUUCAAUUCCACCGUCGAAGCAAGAUGGGACGAUGACGUCCGUAAAUGGCGGAUGGUGGUCAAGGGCAGGAUCAUUCAUUCUGCUCGGUGGGAUUGGACCUAUGAUAUCAAGGGAAAGCGUGUUGGCAUUGUAGGGAACGACACUGGCAUCCCUAAACUUGUUAGGACAUUAUUCCAAUACUUCCCGCCUUCCCUUUGGAAACUACGUAGUUGGAUGAUGGACAUGCGAGAGUCUUCUCACGACGUCAUUGCAGACCAGAACUCUGAAUACGCGGUACGCGCCCGCACAAUCAGCCUCUCAUUGAUGAAGAAACAGUUCCCCAACCGUCCGGAGCUGUGGGAGAAACUAAUCCCCGAUUAUCCCAUGGGCUGCAAGCGCGUCAUCAUUAGCGACGAUUACUUUCCAACUUUCUUGCGCGACAACGUUACCCUUGAAACAAGGCCCAUCACCGAAAUAACCGAAAACGGCAUAAACGUCGACGGCGCCGCGCACGAAUUCGACGUCAUCGUGCUGGCCACGGGUUUCCGCACCGUCGAAUUCAUGCACCCGAUUCAAGUCUACGGCAUCAACGGCCGAGCACUCUCGGAUAUCUGGUCCGGCGGCGCACGCGCGCUGUACGGCAUCGCCGCCGAAUCCCUCCCCAACUUCGGCAUGCUCUACGGCCCCAACACGAACCUGGGCCACAACUCUAUCAUCCUCAUGAUCGAGGCGCAGGCGAAGUAUAUCCAGGCGAUGAUCAGCGCAGUACUCCAGGCACGCCAGGUGGGCGAGUCGCUGAAGAUCUUACCGGAUCCCAAGCGUAUGGAGUCGUUUAACGACAAGCUGCAGAGUGUCCUUGGGACAACUUCGUUUGCGCAUCCGAAUUGCCGCAGCUGGUAUAAGCGCGCGGACGGCCGGGUUACGAAUAAUUGGUCCGGGACUGUGGUGCAGUAUUAG